AUGGCACCCCCAUCCCAAUCCCAUACCCAAUCUGCCGAUCCUGCUUGCGCCAAAGAGGAGGACCAUAAAAGCAAGGAAUCCAAUUCAAUUUGCAAUAUCAAUUCGAAAGAUGGUUCCGCUGUGUAUUCCACUCCUCUUCAUUGCUAUUUAAAUGGGAGCCGACCUUCUCCUCCUCCAAUGGCCAUCCAGCCUUCUCUUUUAAAGGAGCGUUUAAAUAGUGCCGGCGACAAUCAGGUUUUUAUUAUUGGAAUUGCGGGAGGGUCUGCUUCUGGAAAGACGUCUGUGUCGGAGGCCAUCAUUAGAGACAUCAAUGAUGUCUCUAAUGUGGUACUGAUCUCGAUGGAUUCGUUCUACAAAUGCCUUUCUCCAGAGGCAUCAAAGAAGGCGUAUGCAAAUGAAUACAACUUUGACCACCCGGACGCCUUUGAAUUUCCGCUGCUGUAUGACACUUUGUUAAAGCUGAAGAAUCUGGAGCCGGUAGAUAUCCCGGUGUAUGAUUUUAAAAUACAUUCGAGAACAUCUGAAAGCGUUCACAUCCACAAGGCCAAGGUUGUUAUUUUCGAGGGAAUUCUGGCACUUUACGACCGCGAAAUACUUGACCUUAUGGAUAUGAAGAUUUUUGUCGACACCGAUUCUGACGUUCGACUCGCUCGUCGCCUGAAACGCGAUAUCAAUGAGCGAAGGAGGGAUUUCAACGGGGUUCUCGAUCAAUACAACCGCUUUGUCAAGCCUUCGUUUGAUGAUUUCAUCCAGCCGUCCGUUAGAAAUGCAGAUAUCAUCAUCCCCCGUGGAAAGGAUAACCUCGUUGCCAUCGAUUUGAUUACCAAACACAUUUUGACGAAAAUCAAAUAG